CUUCAUUUUGCCUCGGACUCCUAUAGAGGGGCCGGUCCGAUCCACUCUCACCUUUCGUAAGUGUUCGCUGUCAGAGGAAGCGCUGCACAGGCGACACUACCCUAGCAUUAGAGCUAGAUUCUAUGUAGUCAGGAGCACAAUGAUGGAACGGGGCAGUGAAGAAUGCAUAGCAAGCACGUCCAGCGGAGAAGGAAUAGCUUUGCAGGAGACAGAACCUGGCCCUGACGUCGAAGAAGAUGUGCACAACCUGGAUGAGCAGAAGCCAGUCUAUGUCGGUCCCUCACAUGGGUACUCUGGCUUCAAGCGCAUGUACAAAUUCGAUGGCAGUCGACGGGUUGUGGUGCCCCCAGCUCUUGAUCUGUCGACUCUGACGGAUGAUGAGGCAGAGUGCCUUCGUCUUGCAGCAUUGGGCAGGUAUGAUGAGGAGAUGAUGGGUGGCCUUCUCAUUGGUCCCUCGAUCUCUGAUGGUGGUGGUACCAUGAUUCCGCUAACUCCUGCUUACGGACCAGAUAACAUCGUUGACUUCUUCCUGCCGAGCCACAUCCUCCAUGGCAGCUCCCUGCGUGUCUCCAACCUUGUCUAUCUUGGGCUUGCAAGCAGCAACUAUGGGACGGUGUCACUCAGGCCAGUCAUCCCAAGCCUCCAGCGUGCCAAGCUCGAUCGUCAGCUUCAUGUUCCUUCCUCACCAACACGUUCUCUUACUACCACCCGAGCAACCCCUGAUCUUUCGCAUGCACAAGCAAGAAAUGUGGACCAGCUCGGAGGCUGGUCGAAGUGGAAGAUUCCAUGUGCAGAUUUUCUGGAGGAGGGGCACAAGCUGGUCUUUUUCAGUUAUCCAAGCCAGCCUGGGCAGCUUGUUGGUCGAGACUGGGCAGCAAACUAUCUGCGGACACCACAAGACUACGAAGAGUACUGCAUUCAGGCUGGAGAAGGGGCUGUUCCACCAGAGCAGUUUUGCUUGGACCCAGACGUAGCCAUGCAAAGGUUGAUGGGCCUUGCAGGCGAUGUAUUCUAUCCUGAUCAGCUGUGCCUCUCUCCUGGUACCGUCCACAAAGCAAACUCUUUCCUUGUGGAGCACACAGCGACGAUGAUGCCGCAAAGUUCAGGAGGCGCAGGAUGUGCCAUGCAGCAACCCUGGAAGUUGCACUGUAUGCAUCUCCAAGCUCAGAAGGAUUUCCGGCGACAGUAUGCAUAUGCCCUGAGCGUAAACCACCCAGUUUGGGUUGCCAACUUCGUUGCAGACGUGCUACCAAGCCUUGCCAAGAUCUUCUCUAGGACUUCGGGGUGA